AGGUUGUUCAAACAGUUCAUUUCAGUGUUUAGACUUGAAGUGAGAGGUUGACUGUUAGGUAGCGUUUAAGUGAUGAAGUUUUAACUGAUUGAAACGUGUACAAAAUUAUACACAGUAUUGGAAUUUUUGUUUAUGUCGUAAUGCGAGGACGGUGCCAUAAUGGGGAAGUCAUGGAUUACGCCGUUUAAAAAACAGUGUUUCGUUACCCUGGGUGUAUCCCUGAACCUGUCAUCUCAUGGAUUAACAAUGGGUUUUGCAGCCAUUGCGCUGCCUCAGUUACGACAGCCGGACUCCAUCAUACCAAUCGACGAUGUUACCGGAUCUUGGAUAUCUGCUAUCCUGGGUUUCGCUCUGAUCUUCGGAAACUUUAUUAUUCCAACGGUGAUGGCGAAAAAUGGCCGCCGAACAGCCAACAUUCUCAGCAUUAUCACCAUGCUUAUAGGAUGGUUCUGCGUUAUUCUUGCCACUGAUAUCAAAGUCUUUCUUGUUGGAAGAUUCCUAAAAGGGACCGCAAUGGGAAUGACAGCAUCUUUGGGACCAGUUCUCAUCGGAGAGUACACCAGCCCUAAAAACAGAGGAGCAUUUUUAACAACUAUUUCCCUGUCGAUUGCUGUUGGAGUUCUAUUCGCUCACACGUUAGGAGCAUUCUUCUACUGGCAAACCGCAGCCCUAGUCAUUGCGUUCGUCAUGUUUCUCGACUUGCUGAUAAUUUUAUACUCCCCAGAAACGCCAGCCUGGCUCUCUGAUCAGGGACGAUAUGAAGAAAGUAGAAAAGUAUUCAGAUGGCUGCGAGGUGACGGUGAAGAAGAAGAAUUGAAACGUAUGAUUGAAACAAGUAUGAUUGUCAGAGAGGCUAAGACUGAAGUGGUUAUAGAAGAAAGCUUUUCAAAAAGGCUGAAAGCGAAUAUUGCAUUCUUCAACACAACGAUACGGAAAAGGGAAUUUUAUAAGCCGAUUUUCAUAAUGAUUCACAUGUAUACAUUAAGCCAGUGGGCCGGGGCGAACAUAUUGGCUGCAUACACUCUGGAUGUCUUUACACUUGUUAUUGGCACAGAUGUUAAUAUAUACUUAAUGGUCAUAACGUUGGGAGCCCAAAGAAUCAUCUCCAACGGGAUUGCAGUGUGGGUGAUCAAGAAAGUUAAAAGAAGAACCAUGCUGUUUGCAACAGUGGGACUAAACAUAUUUGCCUUUUUGGCGAUUGCUGCGUAUAGCUAUCUCAAAGUACAUAACAUGCUACCAUUCGAUCAUCCCUUUAUAGGAAUUCUCCUGAUUCAUAUCCAUAUGGUAACCAUUGCGACGGGUACAGUGCCGCUACCAUUCAUUAUCGCUGGAGAACUAUUUCCAUUAGAUUACAGAAGUUUAGCGGGUAGUAUAAGUGUGUUCUUCCUCUCUGGAAACUUUUUCAUAAUUCUGAAGACUGUUCCAUUUCUCUUUAAGAACAUGGGGAUACAUGGAGCAUAUGUAAUUUACGCUGCCAUUGUGGCAUAUUGUCUUGUUAUUGAGUAUUUCUUCUUACCGGAAACGAAGGACAGGACGUUGCAAGAAAUUGAAGAUGAAUUUAGAGGACGCCCGCUCUCACCAGAAGAAUUGAAGUCAACACAAUCUCUGACAGCUCAAAAGCAUAACCAAGAUAGACGGUGUAGUAGUCCAGUUAUUUGAUAAGAAAAGCAGGAAUUGAAUUUAUUAACUAAUAUGACACUUUUUCUUAAUGUUUAUAAUAGGGAACCUCUAAUCUCGAAAAUUUUGAAAUACCGUCUUCGGUUAGAGAUUCUAAUGGUUCACGAGUUGAGAUAUUUUAGUUCGAAAGGCACGGAAUGCAGCUCCGUAUUUCUUAAUACAAAGAACAGUAGAAAUUUGUGAUAAUUAGCUAAGACAGGUUUCAAAAACCAACUAUAAUAUAUUAAAUUUUUCAUAAGAAACACAA